CAGAAAUUAUCAUAAAAGAGACACAGAUAAAUAUGCACACAAAUUUCGACAUGGUAACGCAACGGAAAUGUUUCGAGAACUGAGGAACACACUCCGGAGGUAACGGAUGUUAAUUACUCAUUUCCACCCCGUUGAUUCCCGGCGUUCCUCUUCCUAGUUCGUGAUGACUGAAAAAUGAUUCAGACUCUCCUCGCUUUGUCAACCAAGCAGGAGAAAUUAGAACUCGAGAUUGAGGGGACAAUUACGUCCUGCUGGUUACAGAACCGGUACGAUAACCAGUCUUCUUUUGGAUAAGAAACAACUCGGUUCUGUCAUAGUAAUCGAAGAUGGCGAAAAGAAAUUUUUCACCUAUCAUCGGAAUUUUCACUGCACUGCUGUUAUUUUAUUUAAAAACAAUAUCCGCGAAUCGUACAUCUUUCUACCUAGAAGAGGUUCGCAGUUUGAGCGAACUGCCAAUGGCGGAACUGAUUCAUAUAAAAUCUUCUCUCAUCGAUGAAGAAGAUUUUACCACUGACGAUGAACACGAAGAAGCAUCGAGUAGAACAUUAUCUGUGUCACUGCCCGUUGCACAACCCUUGAAAAGAAUGAAUAAAAAAUCCAUAAGGCGAUACGAAGAUCAUUACGACGAAAAGGGGAAGGAUUCGAAGAUAUCGAAGAUAUUUCAACUUUCGGUCACUGCUCUUUCUUUUUUGGCAUUCGGUGGUUAUUUGCUUACAUUAAUAAUAACGACGAUUCGACAGAAUUCAGGGACCAAUGGCAAUGGAAACGUCAUUGUCCUCUCGAACCUGCAAGGUUUACAAAAUUACAAUCGUCCGAGGAGAAAUGUUAGAAUUUUGGAUCCAGCUGAGAACGAGUUCGAAAUGGAAAAAUUGUAUCGAGGGAUGAUCAUGCUGUCUCGAACGUAUGCAGCGUAUAAUUAAUAUUUAAGAAGCUCUGUUUAAUUUAUUUUUCAUCGACUGAUUUGUGCGUAUCGAACGAAGAAGCUGUAGGUGUUGAGAGAUGUCGAGAAAAAAAGGGGUUCUGGUUUCGCGAUCCGGGCACUCAAUUAGGGAUUCGCUUAUCAUGAUUCGGCGGACUCUUGAAAAUCCUAAAACCUAAUAAAAUCGAAUAGAGGAUCACGGUGUGUACAUAUCCCGAAGAAUAUUCUUAGCAUGUGGGUAGAGGCUGCUUCAAACAUGGCUGUUCAAAUAAACACCUAAGUGACUGUAUACUCUGAAAGUCUGCAUGCAAAGAUAACCAUAUGGCUUCCAGAGAUAUCAUCAGCCAUACGUCUCUAUGCUAUUAUUCCACGGAUAUCUAUAGCAUCAGUUACAUUUUUCUAUUUUUCUUCUUAAUUUAUUCUGUUCGUUUCCCUCUUCAAAAAAAGAGUUAAAUUUCCCAUUUAAAAAAUUUCAA